AGAGGGUCUAUCAACUCCGACGACACUGGCAACUCUCCAGCAUUGAUAUCUACAGGAAGCUGACUACCACCAUCACCACCCCCUCAACCCACACUCGUCACACUUCGAUAGCAAUGACAAGCCAUAUUCAAAUCACGUUCCCAGACCUAAAGUCCCAUCUGAGUCAGGGGCAGGGUCAGGGUCACACCCAGGACAACGUCGAUGUAUCCAAGGGUCUUCAGCUCGUCGAUAUCCGUCGUCAGACAGCACCCACCAGUCUCGUCCCUCUAAUCCUCGCCGGCCUUCGAAGCAAGGAACGCGAAUUACCCGGUCUCCUGCUCUGGAACGACCGUGGCUUGUCCCUCUUCGAUGCUGUCCUCGAGUCUCCGGACUAUUAUCUCACUAGAAGGGAGUGGUCCUUGCUGUGUGCUGCUGUACAUGAGAUCGUCUCGACGAUUCAGUCAGGGGAUCGACUGAUUGAACUGGGUGCUGGGAACAUGAAAAAAACCGCCCUCAUACUCCGCGCAUUGCAGUCCCAACGAAAGAGCAUCACCUAUAUAGCCUGUGACGUCGACUGCGUCGCUCUCCGACGCGGCAUCCGCUACCUGCAAUCACUCUUCCCGCCCACAAGCUCAGGCGGGAUCCGGAUCCAGGGCCUCGUCGCCACAUACGAAGACUGCGCGUCCUGGCUCCAGCACAGUCCAAGUCCCAACGGCAAUGGCAGCCGAACAACCCUAAUGUGGCUUGGCAACAGCAUGGCAAACUACACCACCUCCGACGCAGCAUCCUACAUCCGCGCCUUCCUUUCCACAGGUGCGUCCCUAAUCGUCGCUGUCGACGGGAGCAAAGACAAAUCAGAGAUUGCACGGGCGUACGAAGGGCCUGCGAACCAGAAGUUUGUGAUGAACGGGCUCGCGCAUGCGAAUGAACUGCUCGGAGCCCAGGUAUUUGAUGCACGGGACUGGGGUUUCCGGGGCAGUUGGAAUCAGAACACAUGGAUGCAUGAGAGCUUUUAUGUUGCAGAGCGGGAUUUGGUAGUUACGGUUAGGGGGGAGAUAUUUGAGUUUAGGAAAGGAGACAGGGUGAGGUCUAUCAGGAGUGGAAAGUGGCCGAGGAGCAAGAUGGUGAGUGUUUGUGAGGAGGCUGGGGGCGUAGUGGUGGAUUGUUGGGUGGAUGAGAAUGAGUCCUAUGGGUUCUACGUGAUUGAGGAAAGGUUGAGACGCUGCCUGUGAGAAGGCACUUGACAGCUGCGAAUCGUGAUUAGAUCCUCUUAGGGCUUUUUAUGC